GCAUUAAGUAUUGACCGGUUGGCUAUUGGUUCUAAUCUAACUGUUGAUUGUUCUUAUCACAAGCUUUUCGCGUAUCUGAAUGCUGUUUAAUACGAACAAUUAACUUUUUUAAACUUUAAAAAACCUUCGUGGUCAUAUGGUUAUUUGUGUCAUAGAAUUUAAUAAAAAGUGAGUGUCGAGGUUAGCGCAUGAGACAGACUGAGGCUAACUUGGUGCAGUACGUAUCGUUCGUGCCCUACUCAAUAACUUAAUACUUGUUGCUUUGUUUUAUUAUAACAUAGUUAGUAAGUUUUCAAACGCGACUAUAGUAAGACGUGACGAUGGCGACCAGCAGAAUUGUUGUUUACGGCGGCCGCGGUGCUUUGGGUGCUGCAUGUGUGAAUCAUUUUAAGCAAGCCAACUGUUGGGUGGCCAGCAUUGAUUUAAACCCGAACGAAAACGCAGAUGUUAACAUCACAGUUCCGAAAGACGCCUCGUGGUUGCAGCAAGAGGAGCACGUUGUUAAGGAACUCGGCACGGCUCUGCAAGGUCAGAAAGUGAAUGCCGUGAUAUGUGUAGCCGGAGGUUGGGCCGGUGGAAACGCGGCCAAGGAUUUAAGCAAGCAAGCUGAUUUAAUGUGGCGUCAGUCGGUAUGGAGCUCUACUAUUGCUGCUUCCCUUGCGGCUACAUACUUGACUCCUGGAGGAUUGUUAGCCUUGACUGGUGCUAAGGCUGCUUUGGAAGGUACUCCAGGUAUGAUUGGGUAUGGGAUGGCUAAGGCUGCAGUACAUCAAUUAACAAAGUCACUUGGUAGUAAGGAUUCUGGGCUUCCAGAAAAUUCCUUGGCGGUAGCUAUUAUGCCUGUGACAUUAGAUACAGAAAUGAAUAGGAAAUGGAUGCCUAAAGCUGACUUUAGCACCUGGACUCCGCUAUCAUUUGUAGCACAGUUAUUUGAUAAGUGGACUAAAGGAGAGGAGCGUCCAGCCAGUGGCAGUUUGGUAGCGCUAGUCACAAAGAAUAAUGUUACAGAAUUAAUCGUUCAGUAAACAGAACAAAUAAUAUAAUCUGUGCUGUAACAAUAAAUAUUAUUUAGUAGAUCUUGCCUGUGCCACAUAUUGCACAAUUUUAUUAUACAUUUAAUGAAUAUAUCUAUAGA